AUGAAACCAAAACAGGAUAACGUAUUUCGUGUUUAUCUAUAUAAGAAAGAUGAUAAGAAAUGCAAAGGAAAGAGAUGUGACAUCAUAUUGAGUAAUAAAGAUCUUCCUGGAUUACAUUUGGGUGAUAUAUUAGAGAUUUCACCAUCACUGGAUCAGCGAUUUUACGUACAACAUUUGCAUGAUGAUGUUGAAAGUGGAACAUACAGAGAAAAACGUAUUUAUAUUGAGAAAGCUAUUGCCGAUAUGUUUUCUCUUUCUCAAAAUCAGUAUGUUACGGUCAAAAUUGUGGAAAAAAAGCAGGUAGUGUUGGAUAACAUCGAGAUCACUAUCAAAGAACGCUACGUUAGUCGAUCUGAUAUGUGGCGUUAUCGUGAUUGUCUUAUUGAUACAUGUGCAUAUGUUGGAAAGAAAGUAGAAUGGUUACUAAUCCCAUCUACUGUUAUUAGUCUUUGGGCAAAGGGUGAAGUUGUGAAAAGUGGUUAUAUUUCAGAGGAUACACGUAUAGUGUUUCGUUCAGCAAGCGCUAUGAUUCUGGUAUAUAUUCAAAUGAGUUCAGAAAUGUGGGAUUUUGAUCCAUACGGUGAUCUUUACUUCGAAAAAUGUGUUAAUGGUUUUUUUCCACAGUUGUUUGAACACUGGAAUAAGCAGCAUUGUGCACAUUCAAUAACAUUUAUUGUCACUUCAAGAUGGUACUUUAAUGAAGAACUUUUAAACGAAGGAAUGAAAGAAAAAUUGUGUAUAGAUUACAGGGGAAAAUAUUAUCAGGAUUUUUAUCGUAUUAUAGUACAAAAUCAGCAUUACGAUGAUUGGAGAAAUGCUGUUUUAUCGAAGUUGCGAUUGGUCUUUAGUACAUACAAAAAUACCGUGAAGGAGUUCAUAUGCCAACAAUUAAAUGUAGAUACAAAUGAAAAAGAGCUUGCUGUGCUUUCAACAGCUGCUGAUGGUAAUUUUCUACAAGUUCUCAAUUUAUCCAUGAAUGAAUUUAAUGUGUACUUUACCAAUCGUCGUUUUGAAACUGUCGGACAGCAGAUCGUUUUUGUCAGCGCAGGUGGAGGAAUUUUUAAUGUUGAUCGUGAUUUCGUCAAUAUAACUAAACAACGCCUCAUUGAUAUGGGCAUAUCUUUGGAUCUUGUGUGUCUUGGCGAGCAACCACUUCACACUGUUCCUCUUUUUGUUUUUCAAAGAACAAACAGCAUCUAUUCUUCGGAAGAUUAUUUAAUACCUCACUGGAUGAACUGUUCAUAUUAUCAGAUGAGCCGACGUUCUGCAAUAUCAAUCAAAUUUAAACCAAGAAUUAAUCUUCCAGAUGAGUUACUUCGGGAUGCUCAUAAAAGUCUGGUUAUGGAAACGAAUGGUUCACUUAUUAAUGAUACUGAUGCUGCCGAUGAAAAAGCGUUUUCAUCACUUCUUAGCAGCAAUUCUAUGAAAAAUAAUGCAAAUGUAGCGGCAGAAUUCGCAAAAGAAUUUUUAUUAAAGAAAAACUCAAAUCAUGUGGAUUCCAUACUUGCAGCCGAAACUUCAUGGCAGAGCAGUUUCGAUAAAUGUGUUGCAAACAGCCUUCCUGAAUCUACUUUACUAGUGGAACCUGUGGAAUGCAAAAAAUCACAAGACACACUGACUGUAAUUGAAAGGCGUCCGUUAAUUAAUCCGUUUAAACCGGAAGAAUUUAGUGUACCGAUCACAGCUAAUCGACGUCGCUGGAUUCAUGUGUUUCCGGUUGACAAGCUCGGUCGUUCAAAAUUAACACAUCAUUACGUAGCCGGUAAAAGUGUCGUUAAUAUCAUACAGGCUGAUGAGCCAGAGCCAAGUGAAACAGUUAUUAGUGUUGAUGGUUCUGUAUCAUGUAGAUCAUCCUUUGCUCAAAUUUUUGACGAUAUUGGUGAUAGUAGGAUUACAGGGUUAGGUGCAGGAGGAAAGAGAUGUGUUUGGGCUUGGGGUUCAACUGGUGAAGAGAAAUGGAAUGCAGACAUGGAAAUUGGUGUUGACUGGAAAUCGCUUAUACGUGGAGCCCUUCUUCCGUUAACUACCGAUUUCUUUCCAGAUAGACGCAGCAUAAAUGCAGACUAUGUGAUUAAAUCCCAUCAAUUGCCAAUACAUUUUGAUUUGGUGCGUGAAUGGCUGGAAGAUCGGAAGUGUGAUGAUUUAGAACAGCUUCGAAAUCUGAUCUUUGAUCAGCUUAUUUAUCAGCGAUUGCAGCGUGGUUUUCAAAUAAUUGUUUUAGAUAAGAAGUUGAUACAUGAAGCUAUUAGCAUUAAUGAAGAGCAUCUAAAAUGGAUGGAAGAUAAGAAAUUGGUUUUUCGCGAAUGUUUCUUAUCAUUCAAUCGAAUUUGUCAUCAUUUGCUUCUGGGAAGUGAAAAAAUAACUAUUACCGAAUUUUCACCAAGAGUUGAGGAACCUUACGAAACACCUGAAGUAGCUAAACGAAGAGAAUAUGUAUAUAUGCUCCAAAUACCGGACAACCUUCAGUACACUUUAUGUAGUGCAAGAUUUCAGAAGUAUGAUUUGUUGAACCUGGAUUGGUAUCUUCUUGAUGCAGAACUGCAAAAUCGCUGUGUUCCACGACUGUUUCAAGACGAUAUGAGAUGUUUUGCAUCGAGGUUUUUAUUAACACCACUAUGUGCUUCAAUAACAAAGGCAAUUAUAACUGAACGUAAUGGUGGUGACAAGUAUAUGGCUGUUUUUGAUUCAUCAUUCUCCAGAAGACAGGAAGAGGGGUUCUUAAAAUUUAUUGAAGUAUUAAAUCGAUUUAGAAGGAAAACUUCACCAAGGCAUAAAAGAUUAAUGGCUUCGAUAAGUGAUGUGGAAAGUCGGAUAUAUAGCGUUGAGAAUGUUGAUGAUUUGUUGAAUGGUUGGCGUGAAAGCUAUUUGUCACUUUAUUCGCAGGAUCCCACUAGUCGAUUUCCGUCUUGUAUGUUUCUAGCAGUAGAAUUUGUUGCCUGGUUAAUGGCCAAUGUUUCCGAACUAACCAGUCGACAAGCUGCUGUGGAAUUUGCUGAAAACUUGGUUUCAGAUGGGAAAAUACGAAUGCUACAACCAAUUGAAGCAUUAGAAGAUGAUCUUGGAUCUUCUAUAUCCACUGAAGGUCACUGGCAAGAGUUUCAUUGUGGCUUCUUCUUGUGUUACUUUGCGAACAAAUAUGUUUCGGAUGAUAAAAUCGAAGAAAAAGAACCUUGGUCACGAGUUAUCCAAUGUGAAAUUGAUAAAAAGUGCUCAGGUCUCACAUCAGCCGAUUGUGCGUACAGACUAAAUUCUGUAGAGAUGAAGUUUUAUGCGCAGCUGCAAAAAACAACUGAUUCUGGACGACAUGAAUAUCUCCCACCAAAUGUACCGCAAUUCAUGGAGAAGGGCAAAAUUUUUUAUGAAAAAACUUUUUGCGCCACAAGGUCUUUCGAAAUUGGGGUACGGUGGUUCAUGGCAAAUAGUCAAACAGUGGCGGAAACCGUUCGUCACUGGUGUAGCAAAGCGGCUAAUCUUUCGUUUCAUAUGUUUCCGGUACCUGAGGAUCCUUUUCCACAUCCUCUAAAUCCUUUUGCACCUCCUCUUCAGUAUCCUGUGAUUAUACCUUUCAAACCAGACAGAAUUCAUCCUCAUUAUAUUUGUCAACUUAUUACUGCCAUAAUCACAGCCUUUGGAUUCAUUGAAAUGGGUUGCUCAGUGCACCAAGUGCCACAAUACGUUCACCUUACAGGUGGUAUGUUUUUGAUGUAUGAUGAAGUACGUGAGGCAUUUAUUUGGUCUUGGAAUCAUAUGCUCAGCCAUCGAUAUCGUGCUAACUUGAAUUGCUCAGAAGACUUUCAAGACUAUAUGCUGUCAGAUUUUCGAUCAUUUUGUAGUAAUACAGAUAAUCGUAUCGAUAAUUAUAUUCAUAAUUUGUUUGAGUGUCAAUAA